AUGGGUAAAGAUUACUAUAAAACGCUCGGGAUCUCUAAAGGAGCUACAGAUGAGGAUAUUAAGAAAGCUUAUAGAAAACAGGCGCUGAAAUGGCAUCCAGACAAGAAUAAAUCUGCAGCCGCCGAAGAGAAAUUCAAGGAAAUCGCCGAGGCAUAUGAAGUCCUGAGUGAUCCAAAGAAAAGAGAAAUAUAUGAUCAGUAUGGAGAGGAAGGUCUGAAGGGAGGAAGUGGGCCCACUGCUGACGGACAGGGGGGCAACACCUUCACCUACACAUUCCACGGGGACCCUCAUGCCACCUUCGCCACCUUCUUCGGGGGUUCAAACCCCUUCGAGAUGUUCUUCGGGCGUAAAGCCAACGGGCGAGAUGACGAGGAUAUGGAGGUGGACGGAAACGACCCCUUUGGCUCCUUCACCAGCUUCAACCUGAACGGAUUCCCUCGGGACGGGCACGCCGGCCUCGGAGGGCAGCAGCGCCGGAAGAAGGACCCGGCCAUCAUCCACGAACUGAGGGUCUCCCUGGAGGAGGUCUUCCACGGCUGCACCAAGAGGAUGAAAAUCUCUCGCAAAAGGCUAAACCCGGAUGGCAGGACCAUGCGAGCAGAGGACAAGAUUCUCACUAUUGAGAUCAAGCGAGGCUGGAAAGAAGGAACCAAGAUCACGUUCCCGCGGGAGGGAGACGAGUCGGCCACUACCAUUCCUGCUGACAUUGUUUUCGUCAUCAAGGACAAGCCACAUCCUCACUUUAGGCGGGAAGGUUCAAACAUUGUGUAUCCAGUGCGCGUGAGCUUAAGACAGUCAUUGUGCGGAUGCUCGGUUACCGUGUCAACGAUAGACGGCAAGACGUGUAACAUGAAAAUCACGGACGUCAUCAAGCCUGGCCUGAGAAAGACUGUUGCCGGACAGGGUCUCCCCUUCCCCAAAAACCCAGAGCAGAGAGGAGAUCUGGUGGUGGAGUUUGAUGUGAACUUUCCCGACAUGUUGCCUGGCAACGCCAAGGAUGUCCUCAAACGGCAUUUACCUGCUUAG